AUGCAUGAUCGCGUUUUGUCACACUCUCAGCGAAUUCCCAAACGCACCACCAGCGGUAAUGCUCGUCGUCAACGUCAAGAUGGCCAAAGCCUAAAGCACAAGGUCGCAACCGUCCUCCGAGGCCGUCAGGCCGGAAAGAAGGUUGUAGUUAUCAAGCUGGCUGCUGCUGGCAUCGAGCGCUACCCAAGGGACGUAUUGGAAACCCCAGGCUUACGACUAGACGGCUACUACUACGCCGAACACGGUUACGGGGGGUUGUUUGGGAAUACGAACACGGGUCAGACGACGAACAGGGGUGUAUUCGGGGGUGGAGGAGGCGGGGGGCUGUUUGGGAAUACGGCGAAUCAUCAGCAGCAGCCUGCAACUAGUGGUGGUCUUUUUGGCGGUACCAUCACUACUCAAAGACUAGCUACUGGUGAUGGUUCUUUUACCACCAACGCGGGCGGCAAUUUCUUUGGCAGUACCACAAGCGCGCAACAGCCAGCUGCAGCCCACGCCAUCCAAAACUCCACCCGCCUCCUCCACGCAUCCGCAAAACAGACGCAGAUCGUGCAUAGAUUGUUGGCGUUCGUGCAGCAUUUACAGACGUUGAUUCCUUCGGUUAGGUCGUCUGCGAUUAGGCCCGAGGAGGAGGAGAUGAGGGGGACUUUGGAGGAGAUUGAGGAUAAGGUUAAGAAGGGACGGGUUAAAGGGAGGUUGAAUGAGCUUUGGGCUAUCUUUUCGGAACAGCAGGCGGGGCUAGCGCACCGUACCAAGAUUUUACAAAAGUGCCAGAGAGACUUAGCGGUUAUAAUUGGGACUGCGGCGCCUGGUGGUGGUGGUGGUGGUGCUGGUGAUGUAUAUGCUGAGUGUGCAUUCCCUCGUCCUUCGUCCGAGCGCGUGAGCUCAUCCGAAGUGGAGCAUUUUUCGUGCUCUCGAUCAAUUUAG